AAGUUUUUUGAUAAGGCCAUUUUAGGUGGCUCACUUUCUCAUUAAAAUAUAUAUAUAGAACCACUUUUUGUAGAUUAGUAUAAGAAAAUAUUUACCCUGUUUUAGGGCAAAUGCUACCUAUUUGUGUCACCUUUUGCUGAACUGACUCACAGUUAGACAAUCCAUGGUUUAAUGCACAUGAAAUUACCUAUAUUUUAUACUGUUUCAAUGUACAGGAGAAAGGUUACUGUAAACUGUGUUACGUUGGUGCUUCUGUGAAUUAAGUUGUGGUUUCAUCAUGAGUCUUAUGGUCUUAAGUGUUCUGUGUUUAUAAAAGACAAGUUUGAAAUUGGUUUACUUGAACAACAACAACAACAAAAUGAGUUUUAAAAAAAAAGUUGUUUGCUUAAAAAAAAAAAAAAUUUCAUGUGAAAAAUUAAAAACUAUUCCAGAAUAAGUUUGUGUUGGCUUGUGACGCAUUGAUGUCAUUUUUUUAUUGUGGACAAUUUAGAUGUGUUUGUGUUCAGCAAAAUGUGAUCGGUUUUUCUUUUAAAGAAAAAAAAUCAGUGAAAAUAUAGUGCCAAAUUCCAAAGGUACUUUCUUCCUAGAGCUUCAGUGUGUUUCUUGUGUGAAGUAAUUUGAUAACAUGGGUAUUUUAUUAUGUGUUUUGUAUAAAUCCCUAAUAUUUAAAGAAAAAAAAAGAGGUUAAAAAGUUUGUUAACUUGCUAUCCUGUGGUCUUGUUGCCUGAAAUUGUUAUUGUUUGUUAUUUCUCUUUGAUGUUUUUUGUAAAACAUUGUAUAAGUGCCCAUGUUUCACUUUUUUAACCACUCUGCACAUCAAUGCUGUGAAAGCAAACCUCACAAUGUAUUUUCUUCAUAAUGUAUGGAAACCUCUAAGGUGAGAAAGUUUUGAACUUUUAACCCUUUCCACCCAGAGCUGUCUUGAGUGUUAAUACCUUUUAUACAUUCACCAUUUUGCUGUUUAUUUUUAUAUAUAUAUCUAUAUAUAUAAAUAUAUAUAUAUAUACUUAGUUUUUUGUGGUUUAUUUAAUACAUGGUUGAAAUCAGAAAAAUGCACAGGGCAGAUCUGAAGGACAAAAAAUUAUUUUACUGCUGUCUAAAUUUCUUCUGUAUCUAUAACUAAAAUUAUUUAAAACCGUAAUUAACUUGUGGUUUUCCUUUUUAGAUUUUGGGUUUUUUUGUCUUUUCUUAAAGAGCUUUUAAUAUGCUGCUGGAAUAUGCUAUUCAGUAUUAAUAAAAUAAAAUAAAAUAAACAAUUCUUAAUUAUCUAUUGUGUGAGCCGCUCCUAGAUUGGAGUGGUUAUUCCACCAUUUGAAAACAUUGAGGAGAAAAAACAAUAUUUUUGUAAUUAAAUAAAUGAACUUUUGCUUAAAUCAGAUGCACUAGAUCUUCCUGGGUGAAAAUUCAAUGUGUACUGCAGUUAAACUACUUUUUAUGGAUAAAGUUUACAUAUGCUGUAACGCUUGGUGUUAUCUGCCAUUAUUCGUAUUGACAAUAUAUGGGCCCAAUCCUACAGACACUCACCCAAGUAACUUUACUUGCGCCAGUAGUCAAUGAGAAUAUGUAUGUGACUUAAGUGGUUGUUUGCUGGAUUGAGCCCUAUGUACGGAACCCGAAAAGAGAUGCUGGUAGCCUUUUCACUGCCUUUUAAAUUUGACUGGAUUGCAUGUCUACAGCACCAGUAGCCACCAGUGACCAAAUUCGGUUCUUUACUACUGGAAAAUAGAAUCCAUUGCCAAUUCAAUGCAUGUGAGCAGCAGUACCUGCUUCUGAUAACUAAGUGCCAUAUCUUCUUCCAUUAUCUAUUCCUAUUUGGUUAUAUUCAGAGCCUCUAAAAUUAAAAGUGAAGCCCUAUAUGAACAGCAUAAAGACACAGGUGGUGCACUCUGUCUCUCGUCCUCAACUUUGCUUAAAUGCUCGUUUAUGUAGAAGCCCUGGGAUGGAAAGGACUAGCCUCUAGUGAUGCAAAAAAGUUUCCUCCUUAUAGCACAUGCACUUAUAACUAAAUGAUCUAUAUUAUUCUCACAUGUUUUUACUACUGCUGAGGCCUUCCUGCACCCUUUGAGGGCUAUUUUGUAAUUCUUGCAGCAAUUUUGCUUAUUCAAAGUAUCAUCACACAUUAUAUUAUAUAUAUGCACCUAUAUAUAUAUAAUAUGAGAAUAUAAUCUGAUUUUUUUUCUGUUUCACUAAUUCUUCUCAUUUUAUCCACCAUAUAAAUUUCCAGCGUUUUUUCAAUGCAGCCGCCCCAGUGCAAACUGCAGGCUUAGAGCCCAGUUAGAAUGUUAGCGUUAAUCUCCUAGAAUCCCAACUGCUGUAAACUGGCAGAGCUUCAUAGACUUCAGAAGACGUCCCACCCCACCCCCAUGAGUUACACCAACCGAGGAUCUGGCCCAGCAUUUUUAGCAGGGAAUGUUUCAGUGUUUCCAGGUGACAAUUGUGGGUCAUUGGGGGGGAAAGUUUGCCUUUAUAAAUAAUAAUAAUAAUAAUAAAAAUAAAGCUU